GACCUACUCUAUAUCAACACGCAGAGCGCCAUUAAAGAUUAAAAAAAAAAAGAGAGAGAGAGACACACACACACGGGAAAUCAGAGGUCUAAACAUAGCCUUGGAGAACUUUCCGGAAGCAACUGAGCCAAGCUCUGGAUGUUGGAAGCGAUUCAAGGUGGAGGGGUUUGUUUUCUCCCCCCAAUCUAUUCAUCCAGUGUUCCUGAAGGAUGGAUUCGAAACCUCGCCGGCUGCCGUUCACGGUCUCCAGCUCCUCUUCUCUCUCUUCACCGUCGUCCUCCUCGGCUCUGAGUGCCGGCCGGCUCUACGGCAGAGGGAGCGUCCUGGGGAGGGACAGCUUCAGCAGAGGCGCUGUGGGAAAACUAGACUCGGAUUACCAGAGCACCCGUACUCCAGGAUCCAGCAGGGAUUAUAGCGCAUCAGAGAGCUGCCACUCCAGAUGGAAGAUGUCCAUGUCUCCGUCUUCCUCUUGGUCCUCCUCGUCUUCCUCUUCGUCAACGCGGUGUGAACGCCCGUGGGCGGAGUCAUCUCAUGGAGGACGAAGCAAACCUGUAAACGUCGAGUCGGAGAGAGGAUUAAGUUCAUACUCCAGCCUCCUCAGUUCAGCUCAAGACGAUGAAUCCAAAAGAGCCAAGCUGUCCUAUAAGAGCAGAUCAGUGUACAGCAGAACCCCGUCUACAGCCAGCAACACCUACUCAAACAUAUCAGAUCCUCUGUGGAAAGAAAGCUUCAGCCCUCUGUCCUGGUCCUCUUCAUCCUCGUCGUCUUCAGAUGAUCUGUGGGCUCGCAGAGAUGUGGAGAAGAGGACGGACUCGGGCCUGUCUGGUCUGGGAGAGGCCAGUUACAGGCCCACACCACUGACCUCCUCACCGUAUCACCCGGAACGUGUGACCUCGACCUAUGCUCAGGGAGCUCGACCUAAAGAGAGCCUGUACUCUUCGUCCCGCAGGGAGAACAGCACCUCAUCCAGCCGCCGUCUUUCCUCCGACUAUGUCCCGUCCUCGCGAAGGCUGGUAUCCGACUACCAGCCCAGCCCCCGCCUCUCCCGUGAUUCAACUCGAAACUCCACCCCCCUCUCUGACUCCUUCUCCCAUUCCUCCUGGAGCUUAUCCAAUUUCACACCUCUAUCCAGCUCGAGCUCGCCUCCAUCUAGCCCUGCUCCUGUGCCAAACCCCACCUCUGAGGGCGGAGACUCAGAUGGCAGAAGCACGACACGCCGACUGUUAUCCCGCCUCUUUUCGAGACGCUCCAGCCAGGAGUCGAGCUCUGCCUUGAGAUCUUUUGACUCCGGGACUGAGGAGGCGCCCCCGUGCGAGCCCCAAGUUGCAGCCAGAGAGAGGGAGAACUCUGAGACGGAGCUGAGGAGCUCCUGGCUCAGCUGGAACCGCUGCAACCCGCUAUUCUCCCGCCGCAGGAGAGAGGGACGGGACGAGAGUGCUCGAAUGGACUCCCACUCGUCCGUACACAUCCCUCUCGCUAGCCCUGAUGGUGCGAGGAAAACGUCCAGUCAGGAAGAAGCAGCAGAGGAGGAUGAAGAGGAGGAGGAAGAGGAUGACGAAGUGUCAGAAGGAGCGACGGCUGCUCCUCCAACCAGAGCCUCGGGACUCUCCUCUCUAUUGCACGAAGCUGCACAUGUUCCUGGGCGGAGCCCUGGGGUUUCCCGGGUGAUGACUGGGCCUCUGUUCCGCCUGCCCCAGCAUGUGAUUAUAGGAUUGGAUGGACUGAAUCGGGCCGAGGCGCAAGGGAAAGACAAACCCGCCCCCUCUCGAGAUCCGGAGAGACUUCGCAAGAUUCAGGAGAGCCUCCUGCUGGAGGACUCUGAUGAGGACGAAGGGGAUCUUUGCAGGAUCUGUCAGAUGGGAGAGACCUCGAGCUUGAACCCGCUCAUCGAGCCGUGCAGGUGUACAGGCAGCCUGCAGUACGUUCACCAGGACUGCAUCAAGAAGUGGCUCCGCUCCAAAAUCAGCUCCGGCUCGACCCUGGAAGCCAUCACUACCUGUGAGCUGUGCAAGGAGAAGCUGCACCUGAACAUUGAGAACUUUGACAUUAAUGAGCUCUACAGGUCUCAUGAGCGGUCGGAGUAUGAGUUCAUCACCUGUGGCCUUUACCUGGUGGUGCUGCUGCACCUGUGUGAGCAGAGGUUCUCCGACGUGCUGGGCGAGGUCAACGAAGCUGGGUUUUUCAACUUGGCGAGAACUCUUGACGAACACAUGGACAAUCUUGAAAACUCCUAUCCUGAAUUUGAUGAAGUCGAUGCACAGAACAGGCCAUCCAUCGAAUUCGGUGAUCUAGAGGAGGAGGAUGACGACUAUGACGAAGAGGAGGAGGAGGAGUUUUAAUCGUGACCAGGAGAACGGAUUGGUGUCCUGUUGACUGGGUGUGGCACGAUUUGAAUCAGUUCAGUGACGGCACCAUAAAAAUACUGUCCCCAGCCCUAAAGAAGGGCUUUCACAAUAUGCAGAUACACCCGUCUCAGGGGUGUGUGUCUCGUCUCGCCUCUCCUCCCCUUAUGAUUUUGUGUGUGGGUUUUUUUUUUGAUUGAGAAUUUUCAGUUUAUAGGUUUUGCGUCUGAAGUUUGCCGAGCACAUUAUAAAGCUUUAAGUGGGAAGCAAAGGACAUUAUGGUGUGGUGGUGUGUGCUGCACUCACGCAGACUGGGCCGAGGGCGGCACGAAGGAGGCUGUGGCUGAUUAUUAGCAAGGCAAAUCUAAACCUGUGUAGGUGUUGCAUAAGGUGAUUUUUAAUUUAAUAUCAAAGCUGGCCGGGGGGAGAUUGCCUUUUAAUUUUUUUUUUUUUUUUUUUUUUUUUUGUUUCAUGACCUGGAUUUGCUUUGACGUGUGUUCUGAUUGAAGAGUUGAAAUGGCACGGUCGGCAGUUCUGUUGUCUGUCUAAAUGUUGCUUUCUAAAAAAAAAUAAUAAAAAUAAAAAAUUUAUCCUGAUUAAAUAAUUCUCAAUUAUGACAAUAAAAGUUUUUAAAGUCACCCA